AUGGCUUCUAAGGAGAUUUUCAUUGCUGUCAUUGGCGCCGGCGGUGUUGGCAAAGCCUUUCUAUCACAGCUGGAGGGCCUCUCCAAACGACUAUCGGCUAAUGCGUCGUCCCCGAAGCUUUCCCUCAUCCUCGUUUCCCGAAGCACGAAGACAUUAUACAGCCCUCAAUAUAAGGCCCUGCCUUUCUUGAACCUCGCCACGAGCCUCGCAGAUUCCACCAACAAGCCUCUAUCCUUGACUGAGAUUAUUGACUUCUUGGCUGCUGCGCCAGCAAAGGUCGUCCUUGUUGAUAACACCAGCUCUCAAGAUGUUGCAGACAGUUACCCGCAGGUUCUGUCCCGUGGGAUAAGCAUUGUCACGCCAAACAAGAAAGCCUUCUCCGGUUCUUAUAAGCUCUGGCAAGAUAUUUUCUCAUCAGCGGCCUCGUCGGGCGCGAAAGUCUACCACGAGAGUUCUGUAGGAGCCGGGCUCCCGGUCAUUUCUACAUUGAAGGACUUGGUGGAAACCGGCGACGAGGUGACAAGGAUCGAAGGCGUCUUCAGCGGCACUAUGUCUUUCCUAUUCAAUUCUUUCGCGCCGACGGAGGGCUCAGGCGGAAAGUGGUCUGCUGAGGUAAAGAAGGCGAAGGAAUUGGGUUACACAGAGCCAGAUCCAAGAGAUGACUUGAAUGGGCUGGAUGUUGCACGGAAAUUGACUAUCCUAGCUAGGCUGGCAGGACUACAAGUCGAAUCUCCCACUUCUUUCCCUGUCCAAAGCUUGAUACCCAAGGCGUUGGAGAGCGUGGGAAGUGGUGAAGAGUUCAUGCAACGGCUACCUGAAUUUGACUCCGAAAUGGAGGAGACAAAGGCUGCUGCAGAGAAAGAAGGGAAAGUUGUGAGGUUUGUUGGGAGUAUCGAUGUGGCAAAGAAGGAGGUCAAGGUUGGAUUGGAGAAAUUCGACCGAUCACACCCAAUCGCCGCUCUGAAGGGAAGCGACAACAUCAUCAGCUUCUACACGAAGCGGUAUGGAGCAAAUGCUUUAAUCAUACAAGGAGCUGGUGCAGGAGGCGAUGUCACGGCGAUGGGCGUAACUGCAGAUUUGAUCAAAGUCCUUGGACAGCUCUGA